AUGGGGGACAACCCCCCUCCAUGGGGCUCAGACCCACUUCCCAGCAGCUCAAAUCGAAGAAGAUUACCGGAUUGGAUGGACCCAAAAGGCGAACACGGAGAAAUUCAAUUUCUCCUACUGAAACCCACUACCACUGCUAAACUGCCUGCAUAUCCCUUCAUCAUCUCAAAAACCGUUGAGCUCGCUGCCGGUCAAAUCGUUGGUGGGCACCCCUACGACAAAGGGGAAUCCUACCUGCUGAAAGUUAGGUCACCGAAACAAGUAGAGAAACUACUUGCCGUCAACGAGUUAAUCGAUUCCACCCCGAUCAAUAUCACCUUGCAUCCAACCCUCAACACCUGUAAAUGCAUUGUUACGUGUAAAGAGGUUGCCGGUAUAUCAAACCAACAGCUUGCGAGCGACCUUGCCAGCCAAGGGGUCACUAAUGUCUACAGAUUCCUGAGGAAAGUGGACGGAAAGGAGGCCCCCACGGACACGUUCGUACUUACAAUUCAAGGAACGACAGCUCCAGCCCACAUUAGAUUCGGCUUCCUUCGAACCCCAACUCGCCAAUACUACCCUCGCCCUAUGAUGUGUAUGCAGUGCGGAAAGUUUGGGCAUACCAAAAAACACUGCAAAAAUGCCCUGGUUUGCCUGAUCUGCGGAGAACAAGAAAUCCACACAAACUGUCAGCUGACCCCUAAUUGUGUUAACUGCAAAAAUCCUCAUCCCACCACAAGCCGCAUUUGCCCCGUUUUCGUCGGGGAACAGGAUAUCAUCAAGAUUAGGACCGACCGUGGGAUUUCCCAUAACGACGCCGUAAAGGAAUAUAGAUCCCGCCAAAACCAGACCAGUUCCAUACAACAACGACUUAACCAAGCUAGUUCCAGCUCUUCCGUCGAUGCCAAGGAUCGAGAAAUUGCCGAACUAAGAAGACAAGUGGCAUUCCUCACUGCUCAAAUCGCUACUUUUUCCCAACUUGUCAAAGAGAAACAACGAACCAACGAAUCUCAAUGCAGUUCCGAAAGUGACACCAGCAUGGAAAGCAACAACUCUACCAUCAGUAAGGCCUCAACCACCAAGCGUUUCUGGAAAACUUCAUCAGACGAUUCUCCACCUGGGGCCGAAACCAACCCACAAGAUGACAAUAAAAUUCCAAAUCGUCCCAAAAAGAAACGUCAUCGAAGACCGAACAAUGCCAAUCUUCCAGCUAAAGACCUGACUGUUGACUCAAACCGACAAAACACCCAUCCGACCCCAACGGUAAACCCAUCUUUCUUCCUAAAGGCCGGUAAGUCGAACCAACCAUAG